AUCUCCAUCUGACCCAGUAACAGGAAGGCACGCUUCAGGAGCUGGAUACAAAGUGAAUCUUCACAACUCAUGUAAUGUACGAGUGUAUGAGCGAAAUUUCAUAGGCGCUUGCGGUUUCUACAAUACGGAGACUUCGUUUUUGCAGUUAAAGAAAAAGAGGCUUAAUAAGCGAUUGGAGAUGGCAGAGCACAUGAUGGUGUCAAUGAAUCCCGGGCGGUUUCCUGAUGCUGCGAACGGACUUCAGAACUAUCGCAUGGGGAUAAACAGUCUUCAGAGCACUCAGCACGCCCAGGCGGGGUUAAGGCGAGAUCACCCCGGCGUCCCGCUUCUGCACUACGGCGGGGCCAGCAUAGACUCCAACGGGGGCAUGAGACCUCGCCCUGGGGUGGGUAACCUGGCCGGACAGAUGACCCAUCACCAGAUGCCCACCAACGUGAUGUACAGCACCCAGCAGCAGCAGCAGCAGCAGCAACAGCAACAACACCAGCAGCAGCAGCAGCAGCAACAACAGUUUCUGGGGACCCUUAGCCCUCAGCAGUUAAUGGCCACUAUGCAUCUGCAGAAACUGAACAAUCAAUACCACGGUCACCCGCUGAUUGGCAUGAAUAAUGGGAUGGUAGCGACUGGUCAGCAGUACCGGAAUACCAUGAACCAAACCCCGCUGCCCGGUAUCCAACACGUUGCACCCUCCUCCCUCUCCUUAAACGUUAUGGACACUGACCUCAUCGACGAGGACGUUUUAACGUCUCUUGUCUUGGAACUGGGCUUGGAUCGUAUUCAAGAGCUACCCGAACUCUGGCUGGGACAGAACGAAUUCGAUUUCAUUUCGGACUUUGUGCACAAGCAGCAGCCCAGCACGGUGAGCUGCUGAGAAUGGCCUGCUUCCCUGGGGUGGGCCAGCUUGGAUUGUCAGUCACAACAAGCAUCGAAAAUGUUGCACUGGAAAAAAAAGAGACAGACAGACAGACAGACAGAGAGAGAGAGAGAGGGUCGGCUCAUUGAUUGGGAGUGUGGACGCUUCCUCGCUCCUGACGUCUGGCAUCAUUGCUGCUCUUUAAAGAGGCAGCUGCCCUGUUGUGUGUGUGGGGUUUUUUUUUGGGGGGGGGG